GGAGGUGCAAGCAAGCCAGCGCUCUGUGGCCAUAAUUGCUGAGAUGAUCCACACAGCUAGCCUAGUUCAUGAUGAUGUUAUUGAUGAUGCAAAUUCUCGCAGAGGAAAAAUGACAGUCAAUCAAAUCUGGGGAGAGAGGAAGGCUGUUCUAGCUGGUGACUUCAUCCUUUCAGCUGCUUCCGUAGCUUUAGCACGAAUUGGAAAUACUACUAUCAUCUCUGUUCUAACUCAGGUGAUUGAAGAUCUGGUGCGUGGUGAAUUCCUCCAGUUGGGUUCCAAGGAAAAUGAGAAUGAGAGAUUUGCUCACUACCUCGAGAAGACUUUUAAGAAGACUGCAAGUCUUAUAGCAAACAGUUGUAAAGCAGUUUCAAUUCUAGGCUGCCCUGAUCCCAAAGUUCAUGAGAUUGCAUACCAGUAUGGAAAAAAUGUUGGCAUAGCUUUUCAGCUAAUAGAUGAUGUGCUGGAUUUUACAUCAUGUGCUGACCAUCUGGGGAAGCCAGCAGCAGCAGAUCUCAAGCUUGGAUUAGCCACAGGCCCUGUCCUGUUUGCUUGUCGACAGUUUCCAGAAAUGAAUGCUAUGAUAAUGAGAAGAUUCAGCAAGCCAGGAGAUGUUGAACGUGCUCGGAAGUAUGUGUUGCAGAGUGAUGGUGUGCAGCAAACAACCUACCUCGCCCAGCGCUACUGCCAUGAAGCUACACGAGAGAUCAGUAAGCUACGGCCAUCCCCUGAAAGAGAAGCCCUCAUCCAACUGACAGAAAUGGUACUCACGAGAGACAAGUGAGAGAACUCCUUCCACUCGUUCUGGCAGCUACUUACCAGACUGUGCCUAAAUUGACUUCUAAAGUUAUCUGCUUCCAACACAUGCUACCAAAAAUUAUUUUUUUAGAAACCGGUUUUUUUUUUUUUUUUUUGAAGUUCUGGUUUUUUUUAAAGAAAAAAAAUGGAAGUUGAAAGUGUUUUAUUGUGGGAAGCCACAGUUCAGAGCACAUCAGACUGUGCUGUACAAUUGUUUUAGUGGGGACUAUUAACUGGGGGGGAGUGGGGAAGAUGUUUACAUGUUAAUGCACAAAAGCCACAAUGAGAAUAAAUAUGUAUCAGUGUAUGA